AAGUGAAUUAAUUUAUUGUUCAACAAUACACUCUAUGACAAUAUAAUACUUAAAACAAUAAUAAAUGUUAUACGGUUCGGCGUAGUUGUGAGACUGUAAUUCUAGUCUCAAUUUAGAUAAAGAUUAUAAUAUUAUUACUGUGGUACUAAGAUAAAACAGUUUAUUGAAGGAAGUUUGUAGAAAAGUCACUGUGGAAACUUACAUUUCUCAGAUCGUUAUUGAGUGUGCAAGUGUUUACAUCCAUUGAAGAGUUUUUACAAGAUGAAGGAUUUCAUUUGCCCUAAAAUUCGCGAAGAAUGCGAAGUAUUUCACAUGUCGGACAAGCAGAUCAGGGAGAUAAUGAACAGACUCCACAACGACCUGAUCAAAGGUCUUGGAAAAGACACCCACGCAAACUCAAUCGUCAAAUGCUGGAUCACAUACAUUCAAGACUUACCUAAUGGAAAAGAACGUGGUAAAUUUUUGGCGUUAGAUUUAGGAGGAACAAAUUUUAGAGUUCUUAUAAUAAAUCUUGGGGAAAAUCAUUUUGAUAUGAAGUCGAAAAUUUACGCCAUACCUACUCAUAUUAUGACUGGAACGGGAGUUGCACUUUUUGACCACAUUGCCGAAUGUUUAGCCAAUUUUAUGAAGGAAAAUGACGUUUACAAGGAACGUUUAGCCCUUGGCUUCACGUUCAGUUUCCCGCUUAAACAACUGGGCUUAACUAAAGGAUUGCUACAACGUUGGACCAAAGGUUUCUCGUGUUCCGGAGUUGUUGGGGAAGAUGUUGUACAAGGUCUUAAGGAUGCCAUCGCUAGACGAGGGGAUGUACAGAUUGAUAUAUGCGCUAUUCUCAAUGACACUACGGGUACUUUGAUGUCUUGCGCGUGGAAAAACCACAACUGCAAAAUAGGACUUAUUGUUGGUACGGGUAGUAACGCGUGUUAUGUGGAGAAGACUGAAAAUUGUGAAAUAUUCGAUGGCGAACCAGGAAAAUCUGAGCUCCUAAUUAAUACAGAAUGGGGAGCAUUUGGUGAUGACGGUACAUUGGACUUCGUCAGAACGGAGUUUGACAGAGAAGUCGACACUAAAUCUAUCAACCCUGGAAAACAAAUUCAAGAGAAGAUGAUAUCAGGCAUGUAUAUGGGAGAGUUGGUGCGUCUUGCCCUCGUAAAAUACACACGUAUGGGCCUCUUAUUUGGUGGUCGUGGAUCUGACCUUCUCUUCCAAAGAGGAAGUUUCUACACUAAGUACGUAUCAGAGAUUGAGUCGGACAAACCUGGAGAUUUCACAAGCUGUAUGGAUGUACUCGAAGAACUUGGCUUGUCACACGCAACGGAAGCGGAUAUGGCGAGCGUACGACACGUGUGCGAGUGUGUGUCACGUCGGGCGGCGCAUCUUGUCUCUGCCGGGAUUGCCACUCUCCUCAAUAAGAUGAAUGAGCCCCGAGUGACAGUAGGAAUCGAUGGCUCUGUGUACAGAUUCCACCCUCAUUUCCAUACACUUAUGUGCGAGAAGAUCGCCCAGCUCGUGCGACCUGGCAUACAGUUCGACCUAAUGCUGUCAGAAGAUGGCAGUGGUCGCGGGGCAGCUUUAGUAGCAGCAGUUGCUUGCCGGCAACAACUAGGCUACGCGUAAACUUGGAAUAAUCCUACCACGCGGUGCUACGCUCAGUGAUCGCACACAACGAAUUUAUACAACUAACAUCCUACAAUAUUCGGUAAUAGUGUGUUUGGAGAUUAUCCAGUGACUUUUGGAAACCAGUUUAAAGACUUGUUUAUGAUUUACGUGCGAUUACUUUUUCAUCAGCCAUUUUCCGCGUCUCGAGUGGUAUAGACUGGUGGUCAUAGUUUAGUAUUAGUUUAGCGAUAUUAAAAUAGGGCUGUGUGCUUGGACUGGCAGUCUUACGCAUCGCUCUCUGUUGGAUAGGAAAUUGUAGUUAUCAUGAUAUUUAUAUGCCUCGGGCGGUAUUGGCUCUGGUCCCAACUACUUUUGAUUUAAAUGUAGACGUCAGCUGAUAACUACGGCAUUCCUAUAUAUAACCGUUAAGAAUUUAAUGGCACUAAGAUCCAAUAUGCCAAUUGGUAAUAGAACACUUAAAAUGUCACUUGUACUUACGAUUUUAGAAUAGUCUAGUCAGUUCAACGAAUACUUAAUAUUUGUACCAAAUUUUUCAUCGUUACAAGACUGAUAUUUACCGGAACCGGCUAUAUUGGCCUUAGUGUCAUUUAACGGAAAGGGCCCUCUGCAUUUGUCAGUGUCACCCUCAAGUCAGAGAGCACGCAGUUAAUUUGACUUAUCUUAUUUAAAAAUGUAGUUAAUUAUCAGUGAUGGUCUUGUAAUAUAAGAGUCUACUUUUAUACAGAAUUUUAAUAUAAACAAAACACGACGAAAAUUAUUUUUAAAAGUUGUUUACAUUUCUUGCAAUGGAUGAAAAUUUUAAAUUAAUUUAUAAUGGCAUUACUAUUCGAAUGUAGCAAUACAUGUGAAUCUCAGAAAUUAUGCUAAUCACAUCAGAUGUGAUGUAAUUACCAUUCCAUUGCCUGAUUAUUUUAUUCAUUAAUAACACGUGAAUUGUUAUUAUAAACUGAUGAAGAUAUUAUUUUAAGUGUCACUAUUAUAUUUGAUUGAUUUAGGAAAUAGUUUUAUUAUUCGAAUUCGAUUAGUGUAGUGAAACGAUAUUUUCAAAUUCUGAAUAAUUGUGUUUCGAUAUUUUACUGUGAUAGAACUAGGAAUUAAUGUUUAAAUUGUUUGCUGUUUUGGUUUCUGAAUAUUUUAAAAUAUAGUCUAUAUGUGUUGCAAUUGAAAGGAAAAAACGCCGGCUAUAAAACCCGGAAAUAAAAAAAUAUUCAAGCACAAAUAGGAAGUUUAUUGGCAGCAACUUGAUUUAUUCAAAUAUUAAAUCAACAUUGUUUGUAAUUAAAUUUAAUUAUGAUUCAGUUUACAUUUAAUUUUUCACAUCAUUUAUAGUUCCUAGUUAAAAAAUAGGUGCAUUUUGUGUUAGUGUUGUAUUUUUGUUUCAUAUAACAAUAUAGAUGUUUUAAGCAUUGGACCCCUAUUUGCUAAGGAGAAAAUGUAUUAUAUAAGACCAAUUAUAGUUACUAUUAUUAUUUAUGUAACAUCCAUUUACGAUAAUUUAUUUAUUAUACACAUCUAUAGUGAAUUUCUAACAGGCCCAAAUAAAGUACAAACUGUAAACCUUUCAAUAUUUUGUGCACAAAGCAAGUGUAAAGUUUAAACAUAUUCCCACAGAUAUUAUUUUGCUCAACAUGUCAUUGCGUAUAAGGUUCGAAGAGUUUAUAUACUUUCUGCAAAGCUACAUUCCAAAGGUAUUAAAACAUCUAUUAAAUAGCUUAAAAUGUUUUUAAAGCAGAAGUACACAUAUCACAUAAAUUGCUUAACAAGACCAUUAUGUAUUAUUAAACAAUAAUGUUUAAGUAAAUAAAGCUGGUCAUAUACAUCAACCUUGUGUAUAUAUAAAUACAAUUUUAUAAUCAAAUUAUUUAGGAGGAAUAUUUUUUCUGUAACUACCCUCAAUGAAACCAUUCUAGGAAACAAUCAUUUUAAUAUAGCUAGCUCAAUGUAUGAAUGAGCAGCAGAAUGUUACUUAUUUGGAAAAUAAAUUUUUAAAA